AUGACGACUCCGUUCUUUCUCUUACGACUUCCAAGACUUGCACUGAUUCCUGUUCUUCAACAAAUGGAGCCUAUUGAUCUAAUUGCGUUCUCGCUUCUCUCCAAUAAAGCAAAAAAUCUGGUAAAAAUGUUAUGCAAAAUAACUGCCGGUUCUAUCAAUGUGGUUUUUAAGAGUCAUUAUCCUCGUAUCACAGUUGUAUUGAGAGAUGAUACAUCAGUAGGGCUCAGUUUGUACACGGAGAGAGUUCCGGAUGUGGCCAACAUGAUGCUUCAACACAAAACAAUUUCAUGUGAAAAGAAGUCUAUCACUGUCGCGAAAUUGGUAGAGCGAAUUGUCGACGUUACUAGUUGUCAAUCGCUUGAACUUGUGGUUCUCAGAGGACCUCUACAACUAGAAGUGUGCGAUACUCUCGCUCUACUGACAAAACUCAGUAAAUUGACUAUCAUGAGGGACUGUUCAAAUUGCUUCGCAAGGAAAGCUCUUGAAAUUGUCUCGACAGUUACCACGCAGAUUUCAUUGUGCCGAAUUCCUUUCGAGACCGGAUAUGAUUUUCAGACAUUUCUGAAGAGCAAUUUGAACUCUUUGUAUAUUUACAGUUGUUUCUCGAGGUUCACUCUUGAAGACCUUCUAGUCACAAACGCACUCAAAGUGGUAUUGAGACAAGUCAAGUUGAGUGCCAGGGAUAUCACUCAAUUUAUUACAAAUUGGUUUCACAGCAAAAACAACUCUCGACUAGAACAUCUGUCAUUGCUUGUAGACGAAGUUGUCAAUGAAAUGUGCCUUCCGGAAGUACUGGAGGCUGUUCCAUUUCCAAGAGACCAAGAAAGAACGUUUUUUUAUUCAAAACAUUUGGACUAUUCAUCAGAAUCGUUUCGUGGAGGAUAUGAUAUCAAAAGAACAAAUGGGAAGAAAGCCACAAUUGUAUUUGUACCCGGUCACGGAGUGACAUUUAUCGAUUUUUACGUUUGGCCGUGA